AUCUUUUCAACCAAUGAGAGCGAGAGAAGCCACCAAAAGUCCCGCCCCGCCAUGCGCAUGUUAAAAGUCCGUGCGGAAGUGGAUCCUGCGCGGAGGAAACACACGUUUCAAUCCGUCAUUAUCUGGGAAUCUCGAGUCUUCUGGCUCCUCGUCCCCGAUUCAACAUGAGUGAUCCUUGGCAGGAGUGUUUGGAUCUGUGUGUGGAAGUCACCAAAAAGGCCGGCGAGAUGAUCCGCGAGGCGCUGCAGAAAGACAUCGCCGUCAUGCAGAAGAGCUCGCCAGUGGACCUGGUGACCGAGACGGACCAGCGAGUGGAGCAGCUCAUUAUCUCCUCCAUCAAGGAGAAGUUCCCCGCUCACAGCUUCAUAGGCGAGGAGUCGGUAGCAGCAGGCGCCGCCAGCGUCCUGACGGACGAUCCCACCUGGAUCAUCGACCCCAUCGAUGGCACCACCAACUUUGUUCACCGGUUCCCCUUUGUGUCCGUAUCCAUCGGCUUCACCGUGAAGAAAGAGAUCGAGUUCGGGGUCGUCUACAGCUGCAUCGAGGACAAGAUGUACACGGCGCGCAAAGGGAAGGGGGCGUUCUGCAACGGAGCCCCCAUCAAAGUGUCCGGGCAGGAAGACAUCAGCCGAUCGCUGGUGCUGACGGAGAUGAACUUCGACAAGGAUCCCGCACGUUUCCGAACGAUGUUGGCCAACGUCGAGAGCAUCCUCACCAUCCCCGUGCACGGCAUCCGCUCGCCGGGCAGCGCGGCCGUCAACAUGUGCCUGGUGGCGUGCGGCUCGGCCGACGCCUACUACCACAUGGGCAUCCACUGCUGGGACAUGGCCGGAGGGGCGGCGGUGGUUACCGAGGCCGGGGGGGUCAUCAUGGACAUUUCAGGUGGACCGUUUGAUCUGAUGUCCCGGAGGCUGAUCGUCGCCAGCAGCAGAGCCGUAGCAGAACGCAUCGCCAAGCAGGUCGCUGAGCUGCGCGUCGGGCGGGACGACACGGAUGGAUAGCGCGUCCGCAGCAUCUCUUCUGCCGACCUGCUUCUGUGUUUACGAUUAUGCUUUUAGCCGUAAGAGGUAGAACCCUGAACUUAAGAUAUUCGGGACGUACGUUGUUUCUGCUUUCUGUAGAAGUCCCUGUUGUGUUUCUACAUUCUGCCUCUCACACAUUUAGACUUUUCAGUCCUAGUAUUUAAGAAAUGUGUUUCCUGAUACUCACACUUUUAUUGCCAUUUCCUGUCAUAUAUUUAUUCAUGGAACAAUUCCUCUUUACGGCACUAAUCUCUAUUUUAGUGUAAAUGUUUUCAGGGUUUGACCAAUAUUAUUGCUUAUUUGUGUCAGAUUUAAUCUUCGGUUUUGUAUUUGGUUGAAUGUGAGUGACAUUUAUUGGCUGGUCCGUCUGUCUUCUGCUAAAUGAUGAUUGGCUGAGCUCGUGUUAGCCAGGAACUAGCCCCUUUAUUACGUGUAGUCAGUCGCCUGAGGCCUCUGCACAGCGUUCUGCUGCAUGCUGAUCCAUAUUCCACGACAACACAACGUGCACUCUUAUAUACACAAAUAUCUUUAUGUAAAUAUCUUUGAGUGCCAUCGCGAGUUGAUCCAGCAACCUGUACUUCAAACGUGGUUUGUAUAUAAAUACUUUGUUGUAUAACUUCUUCUCGUUCGGGCUGCAAUACGCCGACUGGAUGGAGGAGCGAAUAAAGAGGCCUAUAUAUACCU